AUGAUGAAAGUGAUUGGUACCAUCGCUGUAUAUCUGGUUUUGUUUUUUGGCAUCAGCGAAGAGUGUAAUAGCAAUAGAAAUGUAAACCAUUCCAUUAGGGGCAGAGCGUCUUAUGACAACAACCAUAACUGGGAAGUUCAUAUUGAAUAUUCAGCAAGAUUCAAGAGAAGUUCGGAGGUAAAAUCUAAAGACCGAAAGUUUCAUGUGGAGAUGGAGUAUGAUGGAAACAAUCAACACAAGACUCCACUCAAUCCAUGUGUAUUCAACCCGUAUGACUCAAAUGGAAAAGGUUAUAUAACGAAAAACGAUCUGGAGAAGAUUUUUGUAAAUUUGGAUGAUGGCGUCAACACACCUGAAAUUCUUCACAACUUGUUUGCAGAAUUGGACAUCGACGAAGACAACAUGGUAACAAAAGAGGAAUUCAACAUAAUGAAAGACGAUGUUAUAAGCGAAGAAAGCUGCAAGAGAAAGGAAAACAAAGAUGGAAGAGGUGCUGAAAAAAACAAAAACAUGACAAUUUCAAAUUAAUUGGUUUUUUUUCUACUGUACCCAUAUUUUGACUUUUGUUUAUUAUAUUUGUUUUGUUCUCGCAUCGUUGUAAAUAUAACGGGAUUGGAUGCGACUGUCAUAUAAGUGAGAGUUUUAGCGCUAUAAAACUAGGUUGCAUCGUUGUAAAUAUAACGGGAUUUGAUGCGACUGUCAUAUAAGUGAGAGUUUUAGCGCUAUAAAACUAGGUUCAAUCCACAAUCUUCUACAUUUGAAAAUGCCUAUACCAAGUCAGGAAUAUGGCAGUUGUUAUCUAUU